AUGUCGCUUGGAGGGGAUCCGAAGCCUUGGAAUUUCGAAACAUCCGAUCGGACAAUCGAAUUCUGCAACCUUUGGGUUGACAAAAUCAAUACAAAAGGGAAAAUUGAUCGAAGACUUUUAAAAUGCAAUGAAGCUUUUGGAGAAUUAUACAGAGAGAACGGUUUCACAAAAGAACUUGAGUCAUCACGUUCAUUCAAAUGGUUUAACUUACAAAAAAUCGUCUGUAUCGAAGAAAAUCGCUUAGAAAUGUAUUUUAAUAACGAUGGAGUUAUAAUUUUCCAAAAUGAACACGCACUAAAAAUAGCAAAAUUACUUAUCAACCAUAUUCUCAAUAUAUUAAUACCAGAGGAAUACCCAGAAAUACAAAUUGACGGAUUUUUUGUAGAAGAAUUCGUUCCAGGAAAUAUUUGUGCGCUUCUAAGAUAUCGCGCUAGAGUGUUCGGACGAGGAUCUCAGUUAUCACACCAAAUUCUUUCUAUUUUGUCAAAAUAUCCAACAACAGGUUCAAAUAAAAUCGAUUUGUCAGAUGCAAAGCUAAGUUCGGAGGCAAUUGAUGACUUCUUAUUCUCAUUAGUAAUUGAUCCACGUGUAAGAUACCUUUAUUUACCGAAAUCAAAAGAUUCUGAUUCAAAUUGGGGUCCAUUAGCUCGUUGUCUUGCCAAAAACAGUUUUGUACAAGGCUUCUCCAUUGCCGAGAAGUACGAUUCAUCAUUCUCUCUUCUUGCAGACGCUUUACAAAGAAAUGGACAUUCAUCACUCCAAAAAAUGGAGUUUGUUAAUACUUCUUUCCCCAUAGAUGCAGCAGAUUCACUUGCACGCAUGAUAAACAACUCAAAAGUCAAAAAUCUUUCGUUUGUUAAGGCUAUUAACCAUAUUUCUGUUCCUGCAUUCAUAAAUCCGAUUUCUAGGACCAAAAAUUUCUCAAAUAUCACUUCACUUACGAUAGCGAACCAAAAAAAGGUUGUUGUAACCGAAUUAUUAAAAUAUUGCUCUUCAAUACAGAAUUUAACGCUUGAGCAUAUAGGCGUUGACAUCAGCGACAUCCUUACAGCCAUCCAGGAAGCUACAAACCUUCAUUUGGAGAAACUUGACCUGUCAAAUAAUAAUUGUCGGAAAAGGAUCUUCAAAAACACCAAUUUCGGAGGUGCAAACUCCAUAAUAUUGGAGAAUGUUGUGUUUACAGUAGGUAGCAUGACUUCUAUGAUCUACGCUGCUGGAUCAUCUCAAAAUGACCGUUCUGUUUCACUGGCUUUCGCUACAAUCGAUACGGGAGACUGGAACGGAAUAUUUAUGAGGCUCAAAGAGAUGAAAGAUUUGAAAAUUAAUGAAAUUAAUUGGGAUGGAAACGUAAUUUUACCGAAUUUCAUUAAUUUCCUCUCAAACAACACCAAUAUUUCCAUUGUAUCCAUCAGAGGAUGCCCAAUUAGCGAAAAUGUCGUUCCUCACAUUGCAAAUUUCAUAUCUAAUACAAAUACUGUCACUGCUCUUAACAUUUCCGGUGAUUCCGAGUGCUUCUUGACACCAACAGCCGCAUACGAUAUCAUAAAUGCUCUUGGAGAGAACAGAUCCAUCAAAAUUUUCGAUAUUUCGAGGACAUCUCUGAAAAAUGAUGGAUUGAAGAUACUUUCCAAGACAUUAAUGAACAACAGAGUGAUAGAGAGCAUAUAUUACGACAGAAACGGUGUUCUUUCCGCUAAAAAUUGGUCAGAUUUCUUCAAUACUUUACUUGGAAGAGGAAAAUCACUGAAAUUGACAUGGCCAGAGCGAGAAAUGGUGCAGUUGCUGCAACAAGGUGCUGUUACAGAGGAAGAAAUCAUAGAAAUGAAGAAGAAUUUGGCUCUGAUUUCGAGAGGAGACCCAAACAUCGUAAUUCCACAGGAAACUCUUGAGAAACUGAAUGUGGAACACUCUCCAGAAGUCAAAACAAAGAAAAAGAGGAAGAGUUCUGCUGCUACUUCGAAGAAACAGAGGGAAUCAAAUGCACAAAAUGAUGAACAGAGAGAAAUUCCAACAAUAAACAUAAAAAGUGUUGGAUUGGCUGGAAUUUGUGUCCCUCAAAUCAGUCCUGUGAAUGGAGAUGACUUGGUUAAGAUGUUCUCUAUUGAGGAGAUCGUUUUGAGAAUCAAGGCAAAUUAG